AUGCAGAACCAGGUGAACGCUGCACGGGUCGAUAUUCUCAUCCUUGGUGCUGGUUGGACGUCGACGUUCCUGAUCCCACUCUGCGUUGAGCGCCAGGUCUCGUACACUGCGACCUCGCGCCCGUCGCAUCCCAAGCCAGACACGGUCCCGUUCGAGUUCGACGAGCACGACGCGCACCCUGACCAGGGGCAGUUCGCUGUGCUGCCAGGCGCAAAGACGGUACUCGUCACCUUCCCUAUCAACGCGCCAGGCGCAUCGGCGCGGCUCGUGCGGCUGUACAAGGAGACGCACCCAAACGCGGAGCCGCACUUCAUGCAGCUCGGGUCGUCGGGCAUCUGGGAUGUACGUCUGCCUCUCUCUUUGCGUCCAAGUGCGCGAUGGAAUAGGAAGGCCGGGUGGCUGGACAGGCACAGCCCGUACAGCGAGACAAACACGAGGGCGGCAGCCGAGGCUGAGCUGCUCGCGCUAUCGCCGGAGACGCCCACAACGGUGCUGAACCUGUCGGGCCUGUUCGGCGGUCCCCGCGCAGUGAAGCAUGUGGUGGGUCGCGUCGCGCCUACGAAGGAGGCCCUGAAGAGCAGUGGAAGCUUGCAUAUGAUACAUGGCAUCGACGUCGCACGAGCGAUCCUUGCAGUCCACGACAACUUUCGCUUGGCUACGGGUCAGCGUUGGAUGCUGACGAAUACUCGAGUGUACGACUGGUGGGAUUUGGCGGCAACGUGGGGGACCGAUGCAGAGAACAAGAGGGGACCACAGGCGCGGUGGGUAAGGGAGCUCAUGAGGGAAGAAGGGGUAAGAGCACUGCCGAGGACUCCAGAGCAGAUAGGACGAGCAUUGGAUAGCCGCGACUUCUGGGAUACCUUCGAGCUAGAGCCUGUGAUUGCGCAGCUCGACUGA